UCACUGUUCCCGUCGCGCUCAUUGCGCGCCUCGGGUCGUGCCCGCACGGCUGCUUCUCGCUCCCCAAAGAUCUGAGCAGCUCGCUCAACGGGAGCGUGCACCCGUGCGACGACUUUUACGGACAGAGGAGGAAAACGUGACGACGUUCAGCGCAUUCCUCAAAGAACUGGGCCUUCCUUGGCCGAGCAAGUCUCCUGCGACACGAUCGCAGCUUCUGGACACCCUAGUGCGAGCAUCCCUGCAGUUAGGUAUGCCCAUGUUCUGGGCCUUCUACGUGGGUCGCCAUCCUUCGCGUCCAUCGGAGAACACCAUUUACAUGACGCUGGACCCGCGCUUCAGCCAGUGGAUUCGGGACAUCGAAGCACUCGCCGCUGACGGAAAAGCGGACGACUACCUCAGGCGCUGCGCCGAGAUCGUCGGCCGCACGGGUCAGUCGUACUCGCUGAUGAUACAGCAAGUGAUGCAGACGCAUUCGGAGGUGGUCGAGCUCGUGCGCCGUUUCUGGGGAAGCGGGGCCGUGCCGCAGUACUACAAUCUGAGUGAUCCGGACCUCCGAAGGGCCGUCAACGGCUACCUGCCCGACGACUCGCAGCUCUGGCCCGUCGACGAAAUCGUCAACCUUCAGCCCGAAUUCUUCGAGAAGUUCGACGCGACCCACUUGAGCCAGAACGGAUACCAGGAGCGGUUCAAGCUGUUCCUGGGGGCGUACGUCGUCUGGGUGUUGUCCCCGAUAGUGUCCAGAUACCUGACCACCAGUAUGCUCGUGGAUAUGAAGCACGAAAACAGUGCGGACGACUACCGUUUCUUCAAGUGCCUCGAGGCCUUGGAGACGCUUAUGCCGCUCGUCAAAUGGCAGCUGCACCGAGACGCCCAGAAGAACCUCGAGCCCACCUGGAACAUCGUCUCGUUGUCCGCGCGCGCUCUGAGCGAAUGGAUGAGUUCGUACGAUAGGAAAAUGCAAAAAUUAGGGACCUCUCUUUUAUCGCGGCUGGCAACCAAUGCUUUCAACAUGACGAACACGUGGCAAAUGCUCGACAGCGCGUUCGCUUAUCUUCCGAACGACACCCAGCCGCCUUUCUUCGAGCUGUACCGGAGGUACGCCAAGGCUACAGUCACGUACUUUAAACAGUCACUGCGACGACCGCAGCACAGUAUCUACCACGUGCCGGGCGUCGCCUCUGUUCUACUGUACCGAGUGACUGUGGGCAGGGAAGUGACGGUGCCUCACUUCCUGGCAUCUUCGCCCCUCUUUGAGCCGUGGUACCCGGCGUCCUUGCUUCCAGCUCUUGCGGGCACCUUGGCCACUGCCCAGAUGGUCUCGCUGCUUCGUUUCGCCAUGUACUACAACAGCCGUUUCCAGGCCUACGGACUUAAGAACAUCUCGCGGACCGCGCCUGGAGUGAGAGCUUUGGGCGACGACGUCUAUCGGCUCGAAAAGGUGCUCAACAUUAGCGGCGUGCUGCCCGACGCAAGCAAGCACGAGUUUCGUACGGUGUACGAGGAGAGCGUCGCUGCGCACACGUCGAUUCGCGUGCCAGACUCUCCCGACUGGCGGCGCCUUUCAGCUGGCGUGAAACGCGCCGCUGCGCCACCUGGGAGUCAGCCGAACCCGUUCUCUAGCUACGAGCCACACCAGUUCUUCUUCUACUUGGCUUGCUUCAAGCACUGUGGCGGAUGGGCCCGCGAGCGUGACACAAAGGUGGCCCUGUGCAACGUCGCGCUUCCGGCUUCGCCACGCUUCCGGCAGGCGUUUAAGUGCGGACCACAGCACAGAUUGUUCACGGACUUCAUGUGGCCGGAGCCCUCCGAGCAACCCACCUGACUUCUUAGCGUACGAGAAGAAAAUCUUGGUUCCCUUUCGUGCUGCGGCGAGAAAAUGGACUGUGGAUAUGAAUGGCUUAGUUAUUUCAACUUGCGCUUUACAGAAGGCAUACAACUUUUCUUUUGAAGUGUCCUCCGCUUUUUUUAUUUUUUUUCUCUCUGCGAACGAUUGAACUGCAACUUGUUUUUCUCGUGAUGUUGGUCAGUAUAUUGAUAAUUUGCGCCCUGGAACUGAAAUUGCUCGCAACCUUUGAUCGAUUGCAGGACGAUGGGGAAGUUUGGCGGAGUACGAUAGUCUCAUACUAUAUAACGUGUCAUUUGAUGGUGUGUUCGCGCACCUUGUAUUAUACUGUAUUUGGAAUACCGAUCCUAGAACACUACUCUUGUAUGUAUGACGGUUACGGUAGCAGAGUCUGUAACCUUCCUUUUGUCAUGUAUUCGUGGACGCGAGCAUUCUAUUAGUACUCGGAACGCGAAAAGUCAAUUCUUAUAAGAGCGUUUUCGCAUUGCGCUGGUGUGUGCAUCUUUCAAGACUUCUUUUCCAGCUUCGUUCACGCAUUUUGUUUUCGUUUUUGCUUAUGCGACGGCGUCGCGUAUUUGUGAGCUCGCAUGUCACCCUUGGUGAGGUUCCUGAGGGUUGAUGUCCAUUUUUAGCAGGUUCUGUCAAGGAGCUAUUGGUGUAAAUUCUCGUUGGGACAAAAAAUAAAAUGUCGAUGUUGUUAAAAAUAUUAGAUGACGCUGAUACAAAUGGUAUUUUUGUAUUUUCUUCCCUUUGUGGUACAUUUAGACAACGCUUCAUUUCGUAUGUAUGUUGAAGGACUCUUGGAACCCAGGAGAAUGUCGAAUUGGGCUGGUUGGCAUUGAUUCAUAAUUACAGCGCAAAAUACGAAGCCGAAGGGGACAUAUGCACAAAAUAGUAUCUUCGUAUUUCGCGUUAUAUUUAUGCAUCUUGGAGCCCGUUCACCGAUUUCGUUAAAGUGAUUUAACGGGCUGU